AAUAUGACCAUGGCUAGUGGAUUUUUAUUCUAGAAAAAGGGGGCGUGUGAAGUCUAGAUUCUCAAAGCUUGGCCAAGACGACGAUGGAGCCUAUUCGGAGACAUUCUUAGGGCUAAAAGUCUCCGGCAACUCUUGUAUAUAAAUCUCCGUGUCAAUCCACCAUGCUAUAUGGUUCUACUUCAGAGAUAUAUUCUAUCUUCUAUCUGCAUUGAUACAUCAACAAAAGUUAUAAUCAUGACUCUCUACGACGUUCUGAUCAUCGGCGGCGGUCCAGCUGGACUGUCGGUAGCAACCGGUCUCGCCCGUCAACUCUACCGCGCAGUUGUCUUUGACUCGGGUGUUUAUCGCAACGCCUUGUCCCAUCAUAUGCAUAACGUGGCAACCUGGGAUCAUAGUUCACCUGCAGAGUUCCGUCGCGAAGCUCGUGAGCGUAUCCUGGCUCGCUAUGAUACGAUUCAAUUUGAGGACAUCGAGAUUAAGAAAGUCCAAAAGACAUCUGAGGGCCAUUUCAAAGCAUUCGACGGCCUUGACCGUGUCUGGACAGGCCGCAAACUGGUACUAGCCAAUGGUGUCCGUGACAUUUUCCCGGACAUCGAUGGAUAUGGAGAGUGUUGGGGGACAGGCAUUUUUCACUGUCUUUUCUGCCAUGGUUACGAAGAGCGUGGCUGUGCUUCUGCUGGGCUUCUGGCCGUUGGCGACGUUGCUAAUCCUAUGAUAGCCAUGCACUUUGCCCGUAUGGCUAAGCGAUUUGCUAAUACAGUGACAUUGUACACUGACGGUGCUGAGGAGCUCGCUCAGACCCUGAAGGAAUCAACUCGUGGAACGGGGAUUAAAGUACACAAGAGAAAGAUCUCCAAGCUAGCCAAAGGGUCCAGUGCAUCCGAUGUCCAAGUCAUAUUCGAGGAUGGCACGCAAGUAACAGAGGGCUUUCUGACCCAUAAGCCCAGGACUGAGAUUAAUGGCCCUUUUGCUCGGCAGCUCGGACUGCAGCUGACACCCACCGGAGAGUUUGAAGCGACGGCGCCCUUCUAUAGCACCUCGGUUCCUGGUGUAUUUGCUGCGGGUGACUGUGCUUCUCCUGUAAAAGUCGUCGCAACGGCUUUGUCGUCGGGGGUGUUGGUGGCUGGAGGACUGGUCGGUCAGUUGCAGGACGAACUGUACCCAGCGGAACAGGAAUAGAUGAUUGAUGAAAACAUUUAAUGUGGCGAUAAUACUUUCAAUUUGUUAACUUCUUGGGUUGCAUCUAAUAUGUCUAAGCUGCCCAAAUAGGCCUAGCGCAGGCCUGAUCUCUUCGUUCCCCAGGCAGCAUAAAUAGAACCUCAGCCCCGCUUACAUAGAGAAUCAAUACUUCAAUUUCA